AUGGAAGAAGAUGAUGGCGAAAUAGAAUUUUUGGAUGAAGAUGCCGAAAUUGUCCAUCAAUGUGUUCAACCCGUCGAUGAAAUUCCAGAUCAGAAAGUCGAGAUACAAGUUCCAGUACUUGUAGAGCGAAGACCGGUAGGAAGGCCUAGGAAAAAGAGGAAAGUAGAAGAGGAAGAUUCUGAUUAUGAACCUUUUAAAUAUAUACCACAGAAGAGUAAGAAGAAAAAGACACAGAAGGUGCUGCGUAAUACCUCGGUCAAAUCUUCAAAGUAUGAAUCUUAUGGUCAGUCUAGUCAAGCAGAGAUCAGACAGUACGGUCCGCGUAAAGUAAUUAAAAAGCUACAAGUUGCUAAGGAUGAACUGCUGCCCCGUAAGCAUUUCGAUAUUCGGAUCCCCGACUACGAAGACCCUCUGUGUUUGCCCGUUCGUGCCAUUAAAAGGGAUGAAAGUGACACGAAGAAGCUCAGGACCUGGAACAACUUGUGUUUGGAACAUUUUGAGCGUAGCGACACAGCGUUUCGACCUGAGACGGGUGAGACUGUGUCAUCUAAGAGGACAGUUAUUCUAAGAAAUAUUACAAAUAAACUCACGGGUAAGCCUGAAAUAACAGUGUGGAGUAAGACAACUGUAGAAAAUGAGACAAAUGACCAAAAGUCCGAAGUACUGCAAUGCGUGUUGCCAAAAUACAGAGAGAAGAAAGUCUUAAACUACAGCCUGAUUGAGAUGAAAAGACGCAGAUCCUAUCAUCAUGUCGAUGAGGCUAUUAUAACUAAAGAAGACCUUAAUGAUGGAGAAAGGCUCAUUGUUUAUAAACCUAAAGAAACUUUAUCAUUGGUGUACAAGCUGUUUGAGAAAAAUAAUAGUGAUGCUGAUGAAAAUGAUGAAGAUGAUGAUACACUGAAGCCAUACAUGAAGGAAGUUUCAAGCUGCCGGGUCUGCGCACCCUGCUACCAGGUGUCCUGGAGAGGCUUCCGGAAGAAUGAUAAAAAGAUAAAGUGCCAGAUCUGUUCAAAGGUCUACACAAGUGUCUACAGUUUGCUUUCGCACCUUAAGUCUCACUCCAAUGACGACAUGAAUAAAUACAAGAGGAUUGUGUCAAUGGCUUUGGCCCAGGUGGUGGAGUACCACUAUAAGUGCCGCAUCUGCCAGCGGAAGUUCCCCGGCAUCAAGGAGUUGAGGAGGCACGUGCUGGACCACCGCGGCACUGAGACCUUCAUAUGCGAUAUCGGCAGCCACGUGGCGACG